UAUGGAUUAAUAAACAGAAUAAGAUAAACUUGAAUCAAUAGCUACUCCAGGAGUAUUAGAUAAAUAUCAAAAUGCAGGCAAGAUUGUAAAUGGUAUUUUUUUUAUUUGAUUAAUGAUCAGUUGUUCUUGAAAAAGUGAUUGCUAAAAUAUAACCAGAUGCUGACAUUGCUUCCAUUUGUGCUUUUGGAGAUUAAGAGAUUAAUGGAGAACUAUAAAAAGUUUACAAUAAGAAAAAUAUUGAAAAAGGCUUAGCAUUUCCAACAACUAUUUCUGUAAAUUAAAUAUGCGGACAUUAUUCUCCAUUAAAGAGUGAAAGCAGUAAUUUAGCAAAAGGAGAUGUUGCUAAGAUGUAAAAUUUAUUAUAAACAAUAGUUAAUUGGGUGUACAUAUUGAUGGAUAUAUUGCAAUUGCUGCACACACAGUUGUAGUAGGAGAAGAUUAAGUAGAAGGCUAAAAAGCUGAUGUGAUAUUGGCUGCUUAUUAAUCAGUUUAAGCUCUUUUUAGAUCAAUCAAACCAGGUACUACAAAUACAGCUUUAACAAAACUUAUUUAAUAAAUUGCAGAUGAUCAUAAAUGCACACCUUUAGAAGGUGUUUUAAGUCAUGAAGUCAAAAGACAUUUUAUUGAUGGAAAUAAAGUUAUUAUUAAUAGAGAAACAUAAGAAUAAAGAGUUGAUGAAGAAGAAAUUCAAGUUAAUGAUGUUUUUGUUUUAGAUGUUUACAUUACUACAGGUGAUGGAAAAACAAAGGAAGUAUAAUUCUUAUCUUAUUCAUAUAGUCUGAAUUAAGAACUACAGUCUAUAAAAGAGCAUUAGAUAGAUAAUAUUAAUUAAAAACUAAACAUGGUAGAGCCUUCAUGUAAGAAGUUUAUGAAAAAUAUCCAUCUUUAUGUUUUUCAUUGAGAGCUUUCGAAGAUGAAAUUACAGCUAAAUUAGCAGUUUAAGAAUGUGCAAAACAUGAAUUAUUGAACCCAUAUCCAAUUUUGAUUAGUCCAAAUAGUAUUGUAGCAUAAUUCACAAUUACUGUUGCUGUUCUAGCCAAUAGCACAAUUUAAAUUUCAGGUUUGAAGUUAGAUGAGACUAAAUACAAGGCUGCUCAUGAUCUCACUGAUCCUGCCCUCAAAGAAUUAUUGAAAGUAUAUUAAUAAUUUAUUAUUAAGUUACCAAUGGAUAAGGAAUCAUAAAAAAAAAGACAAUUAGAGCAAAAAUAAAAAGCUUGAU